UAUGGAGUACGAAUUACCAUCAUUAUCAGAACCUUUUACUUGGAUCUCAUAUGCUAUUCUGGGAUCAUUAGUUGGGUUGGCAUAAGCAGGGGGAAUCGGAGGAGGUCCUAUUGUUUCACCUGUUAUGAUGGUUUUAUUGGGAUGUUCAAGUAAACAAGCUAUCUGGAAUACAUACAUAAUGUUAUUUGGAGGGAGCAUAGGUAAUUAUGCAAGGUUAGGAAGAGAAAGAGUAAUUAUCAAUUUAAUAUGGUAAUUAGAUUUCAGGUGGGAAUAGUCCAUUAAUCAAUUAUUAAUUAGUAUAGAUAACACUUCCAUUACUCUUAGCAGGAGCCAUUUUAGGAGUUGCAACUGGGAAAUGGUUACCAAAAAUAGUUAUAGUGUUAUUUUUAUUUGCCAUUUUAUUAAAUGUAUUUCUGAAGACAAAGAAUGUAUACAAAAAAAUUAGGGAAAAAGAAAAAAAUGAAAAUCUUUUAUAAGUUGAGAUGAAAGAAUUUAUGUUAACUGAUUAUAGUAUGGUGCCUUAAGAUCUAUAAUAGAUUAUGGAGAAUGAAUCUAAGCUAUAUCCUAUUGAAAAUCUAAAAGAGAUAGCCUUCUCAGUGAUUUUAGUAGUAGCAUUGACUUUACUAAAAGGAGCUGCGACGAUUCCUUCUAUAUUAGGUAUAGACUAUUGUGGAUACGGAUUUCAUGCAAUCAACUUUAUCAUUUUUGCUAUAGGAUAUUAUAAUGUUUAAAGAUAUAGAUAAUAGAUUAAGAAAGAUGAGGAAUUUAAAGAAGCAGUGGGUUAUGAUUUUUCUGGAGGGAAAAUAAGUGAUGUAUUUGAAAUUACUGUGAAAUCAAGUAUGAAAGCAGGCUUUUUAGGCGGGUUAGUUGGUUUAGGAGGAGGUGUAGUAUUAACACCUAUUUGGCUUGAAACAGGAAUACAUCCUCCAAGGGCUGCUGCAUCUGCUACUUUUACUGUAAUGUUUACUUCAUUUAUAUCUGUAUUUAUAAUUGCUUUGUCAGGAGGUUAUCAUUUAUCUCAAUUUUUGAUCUUGGCAGUAAUAAUUCAUAAAAAUUAAUAGAGUGUAUCUGGAUGUGGUAGUUAUAUGAUAGCAGGAAUCUUAAAAAAAUUAGUUAAGAAAUAUAAAAGAGAAUCAAUUAUUAUUUAGGUGUUACUAAUUGUAAUUGCCUUUGGAUUGAUUGUUUUACCUCUUUAAUCAAUAAAAGAUGUAUAUUAUAAUCCAUCUUCAUCUAUAUAAUUUGGUCGUUUGUGUUGAG